GCCAUUCUAUCUAUGACAACAUCUGUCAGAGUAGGUGAAAACACAGAUGUUUCCUGCUCAGGAGUUUUGUGUGUCAGUCUCAGUCAUUGUCAGCAUGUCUGCUGUCGGCCUGAAGCUCGUAACCCUCCUCUGCUUCUCCUGUACGGCCCUGAGUGUCCCAGAAAGGUGCCAAGUGGUGUGGAAAAAAGCUGGAGAAACCACCACCAUCGAGUGCAGGAUGUCUGACAGGACUGAUGGGUACUUGGAUCUGUGUAGGGGUGUCUGUGAGGACGAUAAAGUCAUUUACGCGGAGUCAAAAAAAGUUGACAUUGUGCCAGCAUUCAGAGGCAGGGUUCACACCAAUGGAGCAUAUCCCAACGUGGACAUUUCAAUAGUAAACUUGACUUCUGCUGACACAGCGCUGUACUGGUGUGUGUACAAGAAAUUUGACGAGGUGACCGGCAGCGUAAUUAAGACGUCCGGAGGAUCUGUGGUCCUGGUGGUGACAGAAGAUGGGGGUGGGUCUGCCAAUGGAAACCAAGCAUGUGAAACAGAUCAUCAGAAGCUGCUGCUGGUGGCUGUUGUGAUCGCUGGUGUUGUGCUGUUUGGCUUCAUCCUGGGCGCCUGCAUCUGGAUCAUCCUCAAGACCAAGACUUAUCGCCUGUCAGUGAAACCAAGACGUGUCCCCAACAAUGAGGUUUACGAGGACAUGCGCAGCACCAUCAGACGCUGAGGAUGUCUGGAACCUGAAACCCUUCAACCUUCGCUCCACUGGGGUGCAUCUGAAGUGAUGCAUGCGAGGCAGUGUAGCAACUCAGCAUGUUUUCUCACACGUCUCUUCAGGAUGUCAGUGUGUCAGUGAGAAGCUGCAGAGACAGUGAUAAAUUGGAAGAAGGUGCAAGGCAGCAGAACAGGUUGUUCCUGUUCAGCUGUGAAGCACAAACAUCACAAUUUGAAUACUUUUCUAUUUUUAAUGUAAAUACAUCUUCUUUAAUGUCAGUACUUUUUCUUUUUAAUAGUUUUGUAAAGUUUAUACCAUGAUGACAGAGGAUUUAUUGUUUUAACAAAAUACAUUCAUUUUCAUUUGAAUGCCAUAUAAGAUAGAUGCUAUGUAUUGUGAUAAUAACUGCAAUUUGCUAUGUAAUCAAUAAACUUUUUCUAUUUUUCAA